AUGUUUCUAGCUACAACUGCGGAGGAGAAGGCCACGUUUCCCGGGACUGCACAAGCGAUCCUAAGCCAAAGACAUGCUACAAAUGUGGCUCAGAAGGGCAUCUCUCGAGGGAAUGCCCAGAUGCUUCCGCAGGAGGCGGCAACACUGGUUUCGGUGGUGGAUCUGGUGGUGAAUGCUACCGCUGCGGUAAACCCGGACAUAUCGCUCGAGCAUGCCCCGAGUCUGCUGGUGGAGGCUCAGGUGCCUUCGGCGGUAGCUACGGAGGUGGAGGUUACCAAAAGACCUGUUACACCUGUGGUGGUGUCGGCCAUCUGUCUCGGGACUGUGUGCAAGGAAGCAAGUGCUACAACUGCUCACAAACUCCGAGAGUGCCCCCAGCCUCAAAAGCGCGCGUGCUACUCAUGUGGCUCUGAAGGCCACAUCUCGCGCGACUGUCCCAACGCCGGGGCCGCCGACGCUGCUGCUUAA